AUGACAGUUCUCCGAAAUUCGCUGAGAGAAGUCUGCGACGGUGGCAUAGAUUUGAUGGCUCGUGCUUUCAUGAGGACUGCAUUACCUCCUUUGCUUACACCAGAGGAAAAAUCACACAGUGUAAUUGGAAGUGGAAUGGACAUUCUUCAUGGAAAUGUGAUGGAGUUCCGUCCGAGCUCCAAAGUUAGGCUCAUUCGAAGGCAUGCGCAGAGACUGCUGUUUGAAAGUGAAGAUAGUUGCUACAUUGCUCAUCGAAUGGCGAAUUCUCGCCUGUACGAAGGGCUUCCUGAGCAAACAUUUGAGUUACCAAUUGAGUUUGUUAGUGGGUUCAACGCACUCUGUAACAGCUAUCCUGAAUGGAUGUCCCUCUCUGAGAUGCCUGAGCAAAUGAACGGCGCUGAAGUACAAGCGCUUUGUCAUCUGUUGUAUUACCACGGAUUGCUUAUGGUUCAGCAGCUGCCUGACAGAAUCAAAAGGAAACUCAAAAAAGUGAAAAAUUGA